UAAAGUGUGUGUGGUCUGCAGUGGCCAGGGACCCCGGAAACGCGCCGCUCGCGUCGCCCUCGCGUCGCCCUCGCGCUGCAGAUCCAGGAAGCGGAACGAAUGAAGUUCAUUUCUCACAGCUGGUGAUGGCGGAUGCUGUCGAAAUAGAGACCAUGAAGAAUUAUAACAUAGCGUUCGAGAGGAUAGACCCGAGCAUUAGCCGCUAUCCCUACUGUAUUGUAUGGACGCCAAUCCCCGUGUUAUCAUGGCUGUUUCCAUUCAUUGGCCACAUGGGCAUCUGCACCUCCUCUGGAGUGAUCCGUGAUUUUGCAGGUCCAUACUUUGUCUCAGAGGACAACAUGGCGUUUGGAAGACCAACGAAGUACUGGAUGUUAGAUGUAAGUAAAGUGUAUGCCAGUGGAUCUAACACGUGGGACACAGCAGUUCACAACGCAUCAGAAGAGUACAAACAGAGAAUGCACAACCUUUGCUGUGACAACUGUCACUCGCAUGUUGCCAUGGCACUGAACCUGAUGCGCUAUGACAACAGCACCUCGUGGAAUAUGGUGAAGCUCUGCCUGCUCUCGCUCGUUCAUGGCAAACACGUCAGUUGCGUAGGCUUCCUGAAGACUUGGCUUCCUUUCUGCAUCUUGACCAGUGUGAUCCUGGCUGUGACUCUGUCUCUAAACCUGCGAUGACCCAGCGGGGUCACACAGAGGUGAACGUGCACAGUGCCCAUAGGAGACCCACCGCUGCGGGACUCCAGUGAAGGUCAACUUGACUUCCAGCUCUUCAGAGCAUAGAGGAUCUCAACAUCAAAAACCAAACGCUAGCCCUCUUUGUCGUAGGGUAGAGACCGCAAAUACACCAUGGCUUCAACGUCUUGUGGUGAUGUACGAAACGCUAUGUUCUCAAACCUUGCUAUCCAAAGGCAUGACUUUGGUGUCUCUCUUGAGGGUUAUGGUGCUCUUUUAUCGUUUGGUUAGAUUUUGAUCUCCAAACUAUAACUGCUGCUUAGGAA